GCUCUGAUUCAGUAUUGGGAGCUUCUGCUCACAGUUUCUUUACAGCUCUUGGGUGCCCCACACUAGAGGCCCUUCUUUUUCUAAAUCCAGAUGAACCAGUUAAUCUUACUAAUGAGUUUUCAUCUGCUUGGAUCUGUUAGAGGAGCACCAGAUCAGCCUGAUGAGCCCCUGGGCUCAAUGGAUCAUCAAGCUCCAGUUCAGCAACUUUCAAGUGAAUACUUUUCACUUGCAAACCCUUCAGAUGUUGAUGCUUUAUAUGAUACUUCUUCAGGUGAGACUGUUUUAAGUGAGCAUGGUUCUAGCGAGCAUAGUGAAGGGGAGCACACUUCUGGUGAACAUGUUGAGAGCGAGCAUGCAAGUGAACAUGUAAGCGAGCACACUUCAGGUGAACAGCCUUCAGGUGAAAAGUCAUCAGGUGAACAUGCUUCCAGUGAACAGCCUUCAGGUGAACAUGCUUCCGGUGAACAGCCUUCAGGUGAACAGCCUUCAGGUGAACAUGCUUCAGUUGAACACACAAGUGAACAGCCUUCAGGAGAACAACCUGCAGGAGAACAACCUGUAGGAGAACAGCCUUCGGGAGAGCAGCCUUCAGGAGAACAGCCUUCGGGAGAGCAGCCUUCAGGAGAACAGCCUUCGGGAGAACAGCCUUCGGGAGAACAGCCUUCAGGAGAACAGCCUUCGGGAGAACAGCCUUCAGGAGAACAUGGUUCAGGUGAACAGGUUUCACGUGAACAUAUUUCCAGCGAACAGAUGACACGUGAACAUAUUGCCACUGAGCACACUUCAGGUGAAGCACCUUCAGGUGAAGUGUCUGCAGGUGAAAAGUCCUCAGGUGAACCGUCUUCAGCUGAACAGCUUUCAAGUACACCAUUUGCAAGCACAUCUCCAGGCACAAUGUUAAGUUGCUACACAUGCGCUUAUAUGACUGAGAAAGGAAAAUGCCUUCGUGGUGAAGGAGUCUGCACCACUCAGAAUUCCCAGCAGUGCAUGCUAAAGAAGAUCUUUGAAGGUGGAAAACUCCAAUUCAUGGUUCAAGGGUGUGAGAACAUGUGCCCAUCUAUGAACCUUUUCUCUCAUGGAACGAGGAUGCAAAUUAUAUGCUGUCGGAAUCAACCUUUCUGCAACAAGGUCUAGAAGACUGGGCCUCUGCUUUUUGCUCUGACUCAGGCAGCAAAAAGCCUUUACCAUCGUACUUGGCUCAAUUUAUAUUAUAUCACUAUAGCAUCAACGACUUAUCACAUCUGCUUCUGCCUGAGCAUCAGACAGGAUGCUUCAAAUAUCUUUCCUAUUCAUGCCUUACCCAUUCUUUGUCCUCUGUCUUCCCCCUUACUCUCUCAAUAUUCCAAUUUUUCUUUUUUCAAUAAAACCCUCAUGGUAGAGAACAUGAAA